GGACAGACAGACAGGCAGGAAGAGAGCAGCUGGUGAGACAGGUCCAGAGAGGAAAAGGUCCAGUCUGAGGAGGUCUGAGUCCAGGAUGGAAACGGUUCCACGAGGAGACGCAUUUAACACAAAAUAAGGAAUUAGUUUGUUUUGCAGGUGACAGAAGGACGCUUUGUUUUACACACGGCGGACAGCAGAGAAGACAACUUGGAGAUUAAACGGGGGGAGUAUCUGCCUUGGGAACAUCUCGGACCUCAGGAUUAUGGUGGUGCGUGCUCCUACUGAGGAUCUGAAGGACGAUGAAAAUGUUGAAAUGUAAAGCUGGAAGUUUCUCCUGCUGCCUGGGGUUCACCUCGCUGCUGCUGCUGCUCCAGGUUGUGAGCAGUGCAGCUCCCCCAGAGGAUCCCUGCAGCAUCUCUGUGUCUGGAUCAGAGUCCAGCCUGAGCUCCGUCUCUCUGACCGUGAGCACACCUGGACAGAACUGCUCCUUCUCCGUGACGUCGCCGGACGCCGGAGCCGACGCCUCCGACUGUCGAAGGACCCCAGAACGGGAACGGCGGAGGAAUGAGACCGUAGGGGGACAGGAAGCGGACCGAGCGACAGAGCCACCGCGUGUCGAAGGCGAGGAGGGAGGAAACGGCAGCAGGUCGGAGGUUUUCACCUGCGUGUUGGAUCACCUGGAAGCCGGAGCCGCCUAUCAGCUGCAGGUUUGGUCGCAGACGGACGACGAGUCGGCAAACGUCACCGUGCACACCAGGCCUUCAGCGGUGGUCGGCCUGGCGGUGACCUCCAGAACUAGCAGCAGCCUGGGCCUUUCCUGGCAGGCCGGCCCAGGCAGGACGCAGCGCUUCAGGCUGCAGCUGCGGGAACAUGCAAAGGGUUCAAAUCAGUCUGUUCUGCUGAAGAACGAGACGUUGGGAAGCACGACGACGCAACACACAAUCAGUGACCUGACGCCAGGGCGGCUGUACGACAUUACGGUGGUGACGGAGGCCGGCGGGUUGCAGAACAGCAGGACGAUCGAGGCUCGCACAGUGCCCCCUGCGGUCUCCAACAUCACCUCGGAGAGCAACGCCACCAGCCUUCGUUUGUCAUGGCAAAGGCCCGAAGGCGACGUGGACGCUGUCGUCGUCACCUUUUCCUGCAACGACACGUUCAACCCGCCGACGACUCAACCUGGAGACGUCACCGACGUCGCCGCCUACCAGCUCACCCCCGGCACGGCCUACCAGGUCGAAGUGAUGUCCGUCAGUGGCACCCUGACGAACCAAUCAAAAACCACCGUCUGGACAGCUCCGGCGCCAGCUUCGCGCCUCUACUUGUCUCCUUCUCCUUCCGGCGGGCUUCUACUUACUUGGGCGCCCCCCGCUGGUCACUGGGAGAGCUACAGGGUUUUCCUGUUUGACGGCUUGCAGCAGCUGGUCAGUACCGUCCUGGACCGUGAUGCCGUGAACUUCAGCUUUCCGGGGACAGAACUGACACCUGGAAGACGGUACCGAGCCGUGCUGAGGGUUGAGAGCGGCGGACUGACGGCCAACAGCAGCUGUGACGGAUUAACGGCUCCCGCUCCAGUGGUGGAUCUUCACAUUCGCCACUCUGAGGAGACCUUGCUCAGCGCCAUGUGGAACCACGCCCCUACCGGGUCACGUGACGGCUACUUCCUCACCAUUCGCCAUGGUGACGCCACAGUGGACACACGAGAGGUGGAGCCGAACAUGAGGGAGUGCACGUUUAAUGUGCUCACACCUGGAAGACACUACAUCAUCACUGUGACAACAAGGAGUGGGAACCUGAACACAUCUGUGUCUGUGGAGGGGAGGACAGUUCCCAUGGCACUGGAUAGGAUCAGCCUGAGUGAAUCUGGAGUCAACGGCCUUCGGGCGACGUGGGAGAAACCGCCAGGAGACGUGGACUCAUACAACCUGACUCUGCUGCAAAACAGUGUUGUUGUUCAGAACCACAAUGUACCAGUUGGUUCUACUUCUCUGGUUCUGACUGGUUUGACACCCGGCACGCUCUACAGGCUGCAGGCUGCCACCGUCAGUGGGGAGCUGCAGUCCAAAUAUACCAUUCUGGAGCCUCGAACCGCCCCAGCAGCUGUCUCUAAGGUGAGUGUCGUCAACGGCGGCAGGUCAGAUGCUCUUUACGUCUCGUGGCUUCCUGCAGAGGGCGUGGUGGACAGCUACCUGGUCCACCUAGAGUACGGGAAGCAGACCGUCCACAUGUUGGCAGUGUCCAGUUCCUCUCCGCCCGAGUGCUCCUUCAGUUCCCUGGAGGCUGGACGUCUGUAUUCAGUCAUCAUUACAACAAGGACCAGCGGACAGGAGAGCUCCGCUGUGGUUCAGGCUCGAACCCAGCCGGCAACAGUGGGAAACCCAAGCGCUGUUCACGCUGGAAGAGACGACUACCUCAAGGUGUACUGGCAUCACGCAGCGGGGGAUCUGGAUCGCUACGUGGUUCUGAUCAGUUACAACCACACCAUCCUGCGGAACCAGAGUGUCCCCACCGGACUCAACGAGUGCGCCUUCUCGUCUCUGACGCCGGGGCGACUGUACACCGUCAACGUGGAAACCUGGAGCGGCAGCUACGUCAGCAGCGUCUCUACACACGGCCGAACCCUUCCUGCAGCUGUGAGGAAUCUGUCGGUGAGGAACGCAGGAACAUCUGACCUGAACGUUACCUGGAGCCCCGCCCUUGGAGACGUGGACCAUUAUGAGGUCACUGUGCUCUUUAACGACACCCGGGUCUUCCCCCCCGUCGUGCUGGGCAGCGACGCGCGUCAUCACCUGCUCACCUCUUUGACUCCCGGGCGCCUCUAUAAGAUAAUGGUGUCAACAUUCAGCGGGCCUCUUCAGAUCGCUCAGGUGAUGGAAGGACGGACAGUUCCCAGUGCUGCAAGGAACUUGCGAAUGAUUCCCCAACCCGGCCGCACGGACUCUGUUGGCGGGCUGUUGCUGUCAUGGAUGCCUGGACAAGGAGACCUGGACUUUUACAAAGUGACCCUGUCGACCACGGAUGGAGUUUCUAUCGAUACUCGUCCCGUCCCCAAACACGUUUCUUCCCUCGACUAUUUAGAUUUGAAUCCAGGCCAGGCGUACGCCGUCACCAUCCAAUCACACAGCGGCGCUCUGACCAAUAGCAACGCAGCCUCCGGCAGAACGGCUCCAGCCUCAGUCACCGCCCUGCAGGCUGAUAACGGACACACCACCCACAGCCUCACUGUCAGCUGGGAGCGUCCGGUCGGCGAGUUCGACGGUUACAGCCUGCAGUUACUGGACGAAGCUGGAAGCCUUUUGAGGAAUCAGUCUGUGGUGGUGGGCAGCCAGAGCGAGCGGCUGGAGGGUCUGACCUCAGGGAAGUGGUACCGGGUGAAGGUGGUGACGCUGAGCGGCGGCGUACCAUCGCUGGAUGCAGCCACAGCAGCAGGGCAAACACGUCCUGCUGCUGUUCAAAACCUGACAGUCGUCUCGGUGAACACCACUUCGCUGAGCUUCUCCUGGCGUCCCUCAGACGGCCAUGUUGACAACUACAACCUGUCGCUCUACAGCGUCUCCGAGGCGAUGACCAAUCACAGAGCAGCGGGCGGCGAGAAGGAGCAUCAGCAGCCUGCAGGGGAGCUGGUGGACCAGCAGAAGGUCGGUCCAGCUGCGGACGGCUGCGUGUUCCCAGAUCUGCGAGCAGGAAGUCUUUAUCGCCUCCGGGUGGUGAGCUGGAGCCGGGACAUGAGCAGUGACUCCUCUGUUCUCGCCAGAACUGUCCCGUCUCCAGUGUCGUCUCUGCAGGUCCAGAGUUCAGGACGGACCAACAGACUGACGGUCAGCUGGCAGCCAGGAGAGGGAAGCUGGAACGGCUACCAGCUGGUGCUGUACGACGUGUCGGGAUCCACUCUGGCGACUGAAACCCUCGGGGCGGAGCAUAGGAGCCACACGUUCCCGGGACUGACCCCUGGCCGGCUGUACCAGGCGAAGGUCAUCACACACAGCGGGGAUCUGACCAAUAGCGUCGCAGAGUUCGGACGAACCUCUCCAGAACCUCCCACCCAUCUGUCGGUCAGAAAAGGCCCGACCAACACCUCCGUGGAGCUGCUGUGGUCUGGCCCCGCCUCCGGAGACUACGACAACUUCAGCCUGCGCUGGGCGCCCGACGACCCGCUGUCCGUCACGCAGACCCACCUGACCAGCCGCAUCGUCAGCGGGAUGUUUCCUGGGAGGAAGUACAACUUCACCGUGACGACCGUCAGUGGGGGCGGAGCCAAAGGCGAUCCUACAGUCAGGAGCCAGCCAAUCCAGACGAGCGUCAGGACAAGUCCGGCUCCUCUCAGGUCCAUCCACUGCUUCCCUCUGUCCUCCUCCUCCCUCUCCUGCUCCUGGACGCCGCCGCGCGCUGACUUCGACUCGUAUAAGGUCGAGUGCCGUCGCCACGAAGACGGGGAGCUGACUUCGGCCACGGAGCUGGCUGGGGGCGUCACCGCGGUUACGCUGGACCACCUGGACGCGUUCAGGAAGUACUCCGUGACGAUCAGAGUGUCGUCGGCCGGACAGACGAGUCCGCCGGCGACUCAGACCGUCAUCACCAUGAUUGACCGUCCUCCGGUCCCGCCUCCCAGCGUUCACGUCAGCGAGAAGUCGUCCAAAAUGACGUCUUCCUCCAUUUUGUUCCGCUUCAACUGUUCCUGGUUCAGCGACGCCAACGGAGCCAUCAGAUACUUCGCUGUGAUCGUGGCCGAGUCGGACGCCAGUGAAAUUCUGCAGCCAGAACAGCGCCACCCGCUGCCCUCGUACCGCGAUUACAUCAACAACUCCUCCGUCAGAGCGUACCAAACGGCGUACUUCCAGAGUCGAUGUCCUCAGGACACGGACGGCUCCUCUGGACAGGUGGUGGAGGUGAACCUGGGAGCAGGUGGGGACCGGCUGGGCGGAGCCUGUGAUCACUACCAUGACGAUGACCUGUACAACGGUUACGGCAGCUUCUGCGACGGACCGCUGAAACCUAGAACAUCCUACAGGCUGAGCGUGCGAGCCUUCACCAAGCUGUUUGAUGAAAACCGCAGAGAGGUCGCUGAGCCGCUCUUCUCAGACUCUUACCUGUCCUCGCCGCUCAGGACGCACGCAGAGCCUCUAGGUGGCGUGGUGGAGGGCCUGAGCGCAGGAAUGUUCCUCAUUGGGAUGAUGGUGGCCGUCGUUUCCCUGCUGGCCUACAGGCAGAGGCUGCGCAAAGUGGCCGUGCAGGAGAACCCGGUGGUGAGGAUGAGCAUGUGGAAAGAAGUUCCAGCUUCAGGACUGUAUAUGGGAGUGAGGAGUAAUCGUCGGGUCGCCAGUCCUGUGAAAGCGUGCCACUUUGAGUCCCAUCUGAGCAAACUGCAGGCCGACUCCAACUACCUGCUGUCCGAGGAAUUCGAGGAUCUAAAGGAUGUGGGCCGCAAUCAGACGAUGGACGUCGCCAGACUGCCGGAGAACCGAGGGAAGAACCGCUACAACAACAUCCUGCCAUACGACUCGACCAGGGUGAAGCUGUCCUACCUGGAGGACGACCCCUGCUCCGACUACAUCAACGCCAGCUACAUACCUGGGAACAACUACCGCAGGGAGUACAUCGCCACCCAGGGCCCGCUGCCGGGCACAAAAGACGACUUCUGGAGGAUGGUGUGGGAGCACGGCGUGCACAACGUCGUCAUGGUGACACAGUGUGUGGAGAAGGGACGGGUGAAGUGUGAUCAAUACUGGCCUGCAGACAAGGAGCCGCUGUACUACGGUGACCUGGUCAUUCAGAUGAUGUCUGAGUCCGUCCUGCCAGAGUGGACCAUCAGGGAGUUCAAGAUCACCUCGGAGAACAGAUGCAGUUAUCCCCGUAUGCUGCGUCACUUCCACUACACCGUGUGGCCCGACCACGGCGUUCCCGAGAGCACCCAGUCCCUGAUCCAGUUCGUCCGGACGGUCCGGGACUACGUCGACCGAUCCCCGAGUACCGGCGCCACCGUGGUGCACUGCAGUGCUGGAGUUGGGCGCACAGGGACCUUCAUCGCCUUGGACCGGGUUCUGCAGCAGCUGGACUCCAAAGGAACCAUCGACCUGUACGGCUGCGUGUUCGACCUGCGGCUGCACCGACAGCACAUGGUCCAGACUGAGUGUCAGUACGCCUUCCUGCAUCAGUGUGUGAGGGACGUCCUGAGAGCCAGAAAGCAUCGCAGCGAACAGGAGAAUCCUCUGUACCCCAUCUAUGAAAACUUCAACCCAGAAUACUGCCGUGAUUUUAUCUACAACGGACGUUAAGGAGACGAUGACGCUCAUCCAAUCAGCAGAGAGGAAACACAUCUGUACACCAUGGAGACGAGCGUGUUUAGCUAGAUGUCUUAUCUACCCCGACUCACACUGAGCAACACGACGUUAGCAGCGGAAAUAAAAUCUGUUCCUAACUAAUUUCUGUUCAUUAAAGCCUAAAUAUACAUGCCUGACAGGUCAAGAUCAACAUUUAGAGAGUUUUUUUGAGCAUCAAAAAGUUUUGUUUUUUUGAUAAAUCACCAUGGAAACUGAGCACAUUAUCUGCUCUAAAAAUUAAUUCUGGGUUUCAGGUUAGAUAUGCUGUAAAAAGCUCCAUCCAGUCAUUUAUGUUUAAAAAGUUCACAGGGUAGAUUUGUUCUUUAAACUUCUACAGACCAACACCCAGGAAACUAAAGGGUCAGAUUUUAUUUAACUACAGCUGGCUACCUGAGCAGAAAGCCUGACUAAUUAUUAAUCUAAUAUCAGAGCAGAAAGCAUAACAAACUGCUACGAAUGUCAUCGGGUGUUUAGCCUACAUUUCUGCUCAAUGUACUGGGAUAAAAAAUGUUAGCUAUUAAUUUAAAGCAAUACGAUCCUCGAAAUCUCUGUGGUAAAACUCUGAGACGGUGGUAUUUUUACUCAAAUAGAACAGCUUAGAUCUGCAGAUAAGCAUUUGGAGAGUAUAUACCUAAUGUUUAAUGAAAGAUAUCAGUAAUUUUUAAUUAAUUUGUACCGAUAUCAGGCAUUAGUGGUCAUUACUAUCCAGGAAACAACCAGUGAGCUGCUGGAGCUUCUUACAUAUGUUUUAAUCUGAACAGGAACCAACCCAGAAAAGAGGGCGGAGCCUGCAGCAUGACAUCAUAGCUAACCUAGCGGUUAGCGCUCUCUGGUUCCUUAAUGCAGACUUGAUUUAUACUAGUUGUUAGAGAAUCAGCCUGAGUGUUUGACAUGUUAAAAGGCCCAUCUUUGCAGAACCGUCCCAUGAGAACGUUUUGUAACCAUGCUGAUCUAACCGGGUCAAAAAGAAAGCCGCCUUUGCACCAAAACAAAGUCGUCAUCUCAACACAGCUGGGAUAAGAUGGCGACCUCGCAGGACGUCCAACACCAUGAACACCAAUAAAGCAAAAGUGUUUCACGUCUGCAGCAUCUGAACCUCAAUCCGUUCCGUUCUGACCCGUAAACUCAUCGCACACCCAAAACUGAACCCUAAAAUGGUCAAUGGCCAGUACCGAUCUAUUCUUUGAAGCCCAAAACAACCUCAGAUUUUCACAAAUUAACCAAAGAAACUGGAUUUUUUUAAUGAAAACGUUUCAUUACAAAUUGUUCUGAAGUUGUUGGAGGAAAUAAAUGACCUAUUUUUCUACCUUCUGUAUGUUCUCACUGCUCCGUAUAAGCUGUUUAUUUAAAGAAAACCUCACACACAAUGCUGUAUGUAAAUAUUGAUGUAAUACUGGUUUUCCAUUUCGUGUUUUCAUGCUGUGUAACGUUUAAAUUUCUGCUUCGGACUUUAACGUUCUGCCUUUUUUUGCGGUUUCACCUAGAAAUAAUUGCUUUUAAAUAUAGCUGCAGUAUUUUAAACUGAACUGCUGAAAACAGACAGGCCAAAUGUUUAAUUUAAAAUAAAUCAGGGUAUGGGUGAAAUGUUUGUAUUAUAAAAAAAAAAAAAUCAUGUUGCUGUUUUUAACUGACUGUUCAACAGUAAAGUUAUAAAAACUCCAGUUUAAUGUAGGUUUAAUUAAUCUCUAAGCAUAAAAAAAAAUCUAUUUUUAUUUAAUUUUGUAAACAGGAUUUCAGGCAUCUAUUUUUAAUAUAAAAAAUUGCAACUGAUCCCUCAGCCACGACAGAAUGUACUUUACUGUUUUCUAACCUGCUGCCAGAUUCAUGUAAACCUGAUCAUAAAAUGCUUAUUAAAAUUAGCGACCACCCAA